AUGGCACCAAUAAAGUUGUUAAAUGAUGCAGCCCUGCAAAAAGUCCUGUCAGCCUUAACGAGUAAUGGUAUCACCGUGAAUCCUGAUAAGUGUGUCUUUGAUGUAGAGGAGGUGCGAUUCGUCGGGCUGGUGUUCAACAAGCAGGGCAUAACUCAACCCGAUCCAAAGAAUGUAAAGAAUCUACAAUAUGCAAGUCAACCCACAAGUAAAGUGGAGCUGCGUUCCUUUCUCGGGAUGGCAGGGUUUAGUGAACGUUUCAUUCCGAACUUCGCGAGUAUUGUCCACCCUCUGCGGCAACAGCUUGAGGAGAACAUCUGGGCGUGGGACGAAAAGUGCCAAGAAGCAUUCACCAAGUUGCAAGCCUCGUUAAGCGAAUUUUCACUACUACACCAUUUUGUAAUCGGACAUGACACCGAACUAGUUGUAGACGCCAGUAUCACGGGUCUGGGGGCAGUUCUUGUCCAGCGAGCAUCGAAGACUGAGGCCUUCCACCCGGUUAUGUACAAGUCGCGCUCACUGAAAGAGGUUGAAACCAGAUACUCCGCGACUGAGCGAGAGGCACUAGCCGUGCGCUGGGCAUGCAGGACCACCGUCCACUAACCUAUAUGUUCCACAAGUUAUGCGGGGAGCUACCUCCAAGAGUCGAGAACUUUGUUAUGGACGUGCAAGAGUUUGAGUACGAGAUCGUCUACCGUCCGGGAAAGACAUGCAUCGCUGAUUACAUGUCACGACAUCAUGUUGAUCGAGCAGGAUCAAGUCGAGUGUUUGAGAUCGAAGCAGCAGCGGAGAAUGUUGUUGAGAGCGGGUGCUGCCACGCCCUUAAUGAACAAGGAACAGUGACGGUGGAGGACAUUAGGGCUGAAGGAGAAAGAUGCGAAGUCUACCAGAGAUCAGUAAAGCAAUCAAGUCGGGAAUAA